CUCUCUCUCGAUCUCUCUCAACGUCACUUGCAUCAUCAACAAACAAAUUAAGAUCGAUGAAGAAGGCUUCGUCCCUCUCCGAGCUGGGCUUCGACGCCAACGGCGCGGCAUCGGGCUUCUUCCGCCCCGUCGCCGACGACACCACGCCGACGUCGCACCGCCGGAGGCUCACCAAGGUCUCCGUCAUCGGCGCCGGCAACGUGGGCAUGGCCAUCGCGCAGACCAUCCUGACGCGGGACCUCGCCGACGAGAUCGCGCUGGUGGACGCGGUCCCGGACAAGCUCCGCGGGGAGAUGCUGGACCUGCAGCACGCGGCGGCGUUCCUGCCGCGCACGCGCCUCGUCUCCGACACGGACAUCGCCGUCACCAGGGGCUCCGACCUCGCCAUCGUCACCGCGGGGGCGCGCCAGAUCCCCGGCGAGACGAGGCUCAACCUGCUGCAGAGGAACGUGGCGCUGUUCAGGAAGAUCGUGCCGGCGCUGGCGGAGCACUCGCCGGACGCCAUCCUGCUCAUCGUCUCCAACCCCGUCGACAUCCUCACCUACGUGGCGUGGAAGCUGUCGGGGUUCCCGGUCAACCGCGUCAUCGGCUCCGGCACCAACCUCGACUCCUCCAGGUUCAGGUUCCUCCUCGCCGAGCACCUCGACGUCAACGCGCAGGACGUGCAGGCUUACAUGGUGGGCGAGCACGGCGACAGCUCGGUGGCGAUAUGGUCGACGGUGAGCGUGGCGGGGAUGCCGGUGCUCAAGUCGCUGCAGGAGAGCCACAGCAGCUUCGACGAGGAAGCCCUGGAGAGCAUCCGGCGUGCCGUCGUCAACAGCGCCUACGAGGUGAUCAGCCUCAAGGGAUACACCUCCUGGGCCAUCGGCUACUCCGUCGCCAACCUCGUGGCCUCCAUCCUCCGCGACCAGCGCCGCAUCCACCCGGUGUCCGUGCUCGCCACCGGCUUCCACGGCAUAGCCGACGACCACGAGGUGUUCCUCAGCCUGCCCGCUAGGCUUGGCCGUGGCGGCGUCCUGGGCGUCGCGGACAUGGAGCUCACCGAGGAGGAGGCCAGGAGGCUCAGGCAGUCGGCCAAGACGCUCUGGGAGAACAGCCAGCUCCUCGGCCUCUGAUGAUAAUGACUACUCUGUCGUCCCAUGGUGAUGGGUCGUGUGAUUCGCGAGCUCAUGUCAGUUUUCUAUAUAGUCAAUAAUUAAUGCACUUGUUAAUAUGUUCCUUAAUAAUUUUUUUGUGGUGUAAUAUGGAGCAUUUGGUUGAUGUAACCAUUUGCUUUAUUAGAGUCUGUGACAUCAAUGACUUUUCAUUUUGUAUGCUUGUCUUGUAAUUAACUUGAAAAUAAAAUGUUAUUGAGAAGCA